AUGACAAACAUUGAAUACCAAUCAGAGCCUUUUACCAAGAUGGCAGAAAAUGAUACUAUUCAGUUACAGAGAGCAAUAUUCGCCCAGUACAUUAUGAUGAAAAAGUUAUUCAUGGAAUUAGAAGUGGAAAGAGAAGCAUCAGCAACUGCUGCAAGCGCAGCCAUGUCAAUGAUUCGAAAGCUUCAAAAAGAGAAGGACGCAGAGAGAAUGGAAGCAUGGCAGUACAAGAGAAUAGCUGAGGAAAAGAUCAACCACACUAACAGAGCACUGGAGAUUCUAAAGGAGGUCAUGGAGCUGAAAGAAUUGGAGAUCUCGUAUCUGAGGAACCAACUGCAGGUGUAUAAACACAAGCUAUUGGAUGCUGGCAUUGAUGAUUCUGACAUUGCAGAUGAGACAAUAGAUAGUGAUAAGUCUUUGUUUGGAAGCAAAAACAUGGAGAAUCUUUGUCAUAAAAUCAAAAGAAAUUUCUCUCUGCCAACUUUGCAGUUGAAUAAACUAUAUCCUGAUAUGGACAUCAAGAAAAAUGGUGGAGUACAAUCAGCAAGGAGCAGGCUGAGUGAUGACAGUUGGGAGCAGAUUUCAAGAAAUGUUAUGGCUUUUGAGCCCAAGGAAAGCUUCUCAACAGAUUUGAAUGGUAGAGGAAAGAAUGGUGAAGAACCACAUUCUCCAAGCAAUGGUGUUUUACGUGACUCUCAGACUUCAGAUGAGCCUUCAUGUUCUUCCUCGUUCUCAAUGGUGAGUCAUCAGGCCAGGGAAAAUAUGGAAUGCACAGUAAACCAUGAUCAACUCAAGGAUUCUUGUGUAGGUGAUUCUCGGACUUUGGAUGAGCCUCCAUGUUCUUCCUCGCUCUCAGUGGUGAGUUAUCAGACAGAUAUAUGCAGUGAUGGAGCAGUUCAGGCCAGGGAAGAUAUGGAAUGCACAGUAAACCAUGAUCAACUCAAGGAUUCUUGUGUACGUGACUCUCAGACUUUGGAUGAACCUCCGUGUUCUUCCUCACUCUCAGUGGUGAGUCGUCAGGCAGAUAUAUGCAGUGAUGGAGCAGUUCAGGCCAGGGAAGGUAUGGAAUGCACAGUAAAUCAUGAUAAACUCCAGGAUUCUUGUGUAGGUACUGAAAUGGGUGAACUAGUAGUUCAUCCUUUAAGUGAAGUUGAUCCACUCCAAAUUCCAGAAAGAAGCAAUACGACAACUGAUUCCUCAUGUACUGAAAGUGAAAUAAUGACUGAAGAAUCUCAACUGUCUCCCACGGUUGUUACCAAAGGGCGAGGGCCACGUAAUCUGUCCAGGUUCGCUGCAACAAGAAAAAUUGGAUCGAUGAAUAAUGUCGAUAGACAUGUCCGUCGAAGCUCUGAAACUUACACACCACGAGCUGGUGUUGAGAGAACCAGAUCAAGGCUGAAGCGUGUGCAAAGUGAAAAGAUGGUUGAGCUAAGUGACCCUAGGACUAGCAAGGAACAGAUCAUAAUGCUGAAGGAGGUAUAUGAGCAGCUUGGUAUGAUAGAAUCACAUAUGAGACCUUCUGAUUCCCAAGAAAGCCCCCGAAAUGACACAUCAUUAGAUUCUGUUAUGGAGGUAUUUAUUUUAAGCCUACUUUAUGGGGAUUGUUUUAGAUAA